AUGGCUAAUGUUUCUGGUUUUGGAGUAGCACGUUCUCUAAUUCAUGCAUUCGAUCCACAUGGAAAACGUUAUAGACCGUCUGUUAGUCCUACACCAGGUUUCUCAGCUUCUGCUGAUGCUGAAAGACUUCACAGAGCCAUGAAAGGACCAGUUCACUUCCGACAUACAGUAAAGGAUGAUGAUGAUGAUGAUGAUGAUGAUGAUGAUGAUGAUGAUGAUGAUGAUGAUGAUGAUGAUGAUGAUGAUGAUGAUGAUGAUGAUGAUGAUGAUGAUGAUGAUGAUGAUGAUGAUGAUGAUGAUGAUGAUGAUGAUGAUGAUGAUGAUGAUGAUGAUGAUGAUGAUGAUGAUGAUGAUGAUGAUGAUGAUGAUGAUGAUGAUGAUGAUGAUGAUGAUGAUGAUGAUGAUGAUGAUGAUGAUGAUGAUGAUGAUGAUGAUGAUGAUGAUGAUGAUGAUGAUGAUGAUGAUGAUGAUGAUGAUGAUGAUGAUGAUGAUGAUGAUGAUGAUGAUGAUGAUGAUGAUGAUGAUGAUGAUGAUGAUGAUGAUGAUGAUGAUGAUGAUGAUGAUGAUGAUGAUGAUGAUGAUGAUGAUGAUGAUGAUGAUGAUGAUGAUGAUGAUGAUGAUGAUGAUGAUGAUGAUGAUGAUGAUGAUGAUGAUGAUGAUGAUGAUGAUGAUGAUGAUGAUGAUGAUGAUGAUGAUGAUGAUGAUGAUAGCACAGAUGAGGCUACAAUUAUUAACAUACUGGCUCGUAGAACGAAUUAUGAACGUCAAGAAAUUUGCCAGUCAUACAUGAGUAUGUAUAAAAAGGAUCUUAAAGAUGAAUUAAAAUCAGAGACAAGUGGUGAUUUUCGCAAGGUACUGUGCCAACUGGUUGUGGAUACACCGUAUAUGUUAGCCAAAUCAUUAUAUUAUGCUAUGAAAGGUCUGGGUACAAAUGAUCGCGUUCUAAUCGAAAUAUUAACUACCCUGUGGAAUGAUGAAAUAAGAGCUGUUGCUGAAGCUUAUAAAAAAGUUCUUAAAGAUAAAGGGAGUGAAGCCACUGACCGUUCAUUAGUCACUGAUAUGAAGAAAGAAACCUGUGGAGACUAUGAGUAUGCUCUACUUAGUUUAGUUCAAGCUGAACGGGAUGAUGUACAAGUGCUUCAAUUGAAAAGUAUACCUGAGAAAGGUGUUCAGUCUAUUACUAAUCGAGAUUUGGCUGAAGCUGAUGCCAAAGAGCUGUAUGCAUGUGGAGCUGGUAGAAUGGGUACUAAUGAAAGACGUAUUACACGAAUCAUAUGCAACAGAACGCCGUAUCAGUUAUAUUUAACUUCAGAAGUCUAUUUAAGUAUGUACGGUAAAACGCUUCUGGAACAUAUUGAAGCAGAAACAUCUGGAGAUUAUCGUAAACUAUUAACAUCUAUUUUGAGAUAUGCAACCGAUCGACCUGCUUUGAUUGCUGAAUGGCUUUAUGAUGCAAUGGCUGGUUUAGGAACAAAGGAUUAUGCAUUAAUGAGGUUGUUAAUUACACGCUCAGAGAUUGAUCUUCAGGAUAUAAUGGAUGCCUAUCAAGUCAUUUAUGGUAAAUCUUUGUUGGAUGCUGUAAAAGACGAUACCUCUGGUGACUACCGUCGAACUUUAUCCGCUCUACUCGGUGAGACAGUUGGUCAACAGUAA